AUGGACCUUGAAACAAACCCUCAUUCUAUCAAACCGGUGGAAUCGGUCGAUCAGAGUGUGCAAGAUGCUCGCGACCUCGCGGCUAUGGGCCAUGACCAGGCCCUGACGCGAAAGUUUGACCUCUGGAGCAUGUUGGCGCUCGCGUUCUGUGUUCUAGGUACCUAUUCCACUUUCGCGCAGGACCUCAACAGCGGAUUGACCAAUGGAGGCUCUAUAACCAUCCUCUGGGGUCUGUGUCUGGUCACCGUGUGUAACCUCUGCGUGGCCGUGUCGCUGGGCGAGCUCGCCAGCAGCAUGCCGACCGCACUCGGCCAAGCCUACUGGGUCUUUCGACUGUGGGACACACCGACUGGCCGGUUUGCCUCGUACAUGUGCGCCUGGAUCAACACGUUCGGAUGGUGGACCCUCACCGCUUCCCAGGUCGCCUUCAUGACCGAGUUUCUCCUCGGCAUGAAGGUCAUGUUCAACCCUAACUGGGAAGGCGCCGGAACAGGGUGGUUGGAGUUCGUCGUGUACAUUGGCUGCGUGCUCGUUCUGACAGUGAUCAACGUGGUCGGAUGUCGCAGCGAGAGAGUCUUACCCUGGCUGAACAACUUUGUCGGAGUGUGGUUUACGGGACUGUUUGUCGUUCUCUCGCUCGCUCUGCUCAUCUCUGUUGGCGUCAAGAGCGACCUUUCAUUCCAGCCCGCAUCUUUUGUGUUCGGUAAAUGGAUGAAUCAGACCGGAUGGAGCGACGGCGUCGUCUGGUUUACCGGCCUGGUCCAAGCCGCGUACGGCCUGACAGCCUUUGACGCGGUCAUCCACAUGGUGGAAGAGAUUCCCAACCCACGAAAAAACGCUCCAAAGGUCAUCUGGUUGGCCGUUUUCCUGGGCGCCGUUACCGGAUUUAUCUUCAUGAUUGUCUGCCUCUUCUCCAUUCAAAACGUCGACCGAGUUCUCGAUUCCCCUACUGGGCUCCCAUUCAUCGAACUGAUGCUGGAAACUGUCGGUCUGAAAGGCGGCGCCACGCUGAUCGCGCUUUUCAUCUUCAACGGUCUUGGUCAGGGAAUCAGCAUCCUAACCACCGCCUCUCGGCUGACAUGGGGCUUUGCGCGCGAUGGCGGUCUACCUUGGAGUCCCUACCUCAUGCACGUCGAUCGCACCUGGAAGGUUCCCGCGCGGGCUCUCUGGUUCCAAGGCGUUCUGAUCGCCUUGGUCGGGGUCCUCUAUCUUUUCGCCAACACCGUCCUCGACGCCAUCCUCAGCGUCAGCACCAUCGCACUGACCAUCUCAUACGGUCUCCCCAUCGCGGCGCUACUUGUCGUCGGUCGUGAAAAGCUUCCCCCGGGCCCAUUCCAGCUGGGACGAUGGGGAACACCCGUGAACUGGGUCAGUCUGAUCUACUGCGCCAUCACGACCGUGUUUUUCUUCUUUCCCGAAUCGCCAAACCCGCCCGCCAGCGAUAUGAAUUAUGCGAUUGCCGUGUUCGGGGUGAUGCUGGUCGUCUCGAUUGGGUUUUGGUUUCUGCAGGGGAGCCGUACAUAUUUGAAGACGGAGGAUGCGAUCGCGCAAAUGAUCCAAGCGCAGAGGCUGGAGAACGAGGCGGAAGGUGGAGGAGGAGUGGAUGAUAAGAAAGCCUAG